AUGAACCUCGCCGUCAAUGCUGUACGCUCAAAAGACGCAAUGUCCACCAAGCGCUCUGUCCACGAAGAUGACCUGUCCUGCCCAAUAUGCGGGAAAGUUUUCCAAGAGCCGGUGGUGCUUUUCUGCAAACACAGGUUCUGUAAACCCUGCUUGGAGAGCAUCUGGGGUGAUGGUGCUGGGGCCUGCGAAUGCCCACUCUGCUGCCAGCCGGCAUCCAUGGGGGAACUCGUAGUGAACACGGUGCUCAAGAGAACAUGUGAGGGUUACCUGAAAGAACGACGCAAGAGCAACCCCUUUGCGUGCAAGGAACAUGGAGAAUCUCUGACCUUAUUCUGUCUGGAAGAUCUACAGCCUGCAUGUGUCGAGUGCAAGGAAUCAGGAAGCCACAAAGCGCAUAGGUUAUACUCUGUGGAGGAGGCGUCGCAAGACUGUAAGGCUGAACUCAAGACCGCUCUGAAGCCACUGCAGGACAAGCUGAAGUUCUUCAGGAAUGUUAAAUCCACUUAUGAUCUAACAGCAGAGCACAUUAAGAGACAAGCAGAACAUGCAGAGAGGCAGAUCAAAGAAGAGUUUGAAGCACUUCACAAGUUCCUGCAAGAAGAAGAAGCUGUCAGAAUCUCCGAACUUAAGAAAGAAGAGGCGGAGAAAACUGAGACCAUAAAGGAAAAGAUUGAUGAGAUGGAAAAUGAAAUCGCAUCCCUGACAAACACCAUCAGGUAUAUUGAAAAGGAGAUGAGCUCUCAGGAUAUCCUGUUCCUCCAGAAUUACAAGGAAACCAUAAAGAGAACUUGGCACAUCCCCCAGGAACCACAGAUGAUAUCAGGGUCUUUGGUUGAAGUAGCCAAACAUUUAGGCUCUUUAAAAUUCAACGUCUGGGAGAAGAUGAAGAAUAUCAUUGAAUAUACUCCUGUGAUCCUGGACCCGAACACAGCAGCGAGCUGUUUCCAGCUAUCCCAGGACCUGACGACUCUUCAGUGCUGCUCCCAGAUCUUCAAGCUCCCAGACAACCCUGAGCGCUUCGACGUCAGCGCAGAGAUGCUGGGCUCUGAGGGCUUCCGCUCAGGCAAACACAGCUGGGAGGUGGAAGUCAAAAACAACACCUACUGGGUGAUCGGGGUAGCCAGCGAAUCGGUGAAGAGGAAGGGCAAGAACGUGCUGACGCCCGCGCAGGGCUUCUGGACUAUCCGGCUGCGGAACGGCGAGUACAAGGCUUGCUCUGCACCGUGGUCAUCGCUAACCAUGAACAAGCAGCCAGACGUGGUGAGGGUGGUGUUGGAUAUGGACAGGUCGAAGGUGGCGUUCUAUGACGCGAGAGAGAGGAUGCCGCUCUACACGUUCACCGACAUCAUCUCACCACGAGUGUUUCCUUACUUCUGCAGCGCCUGCAAGGAACAUCCUCUCAGAGUGCUUCCAGCGUGCGUGUAUGUUAAAGUGGAGCACUAGACCGGAGAAAAACCUCACAUACACAUACACACACACACACUUCUGACCACAUUUACAUUACGGGGUCAGAUAGUCAUUUACUGCCACAGAAAAGUGACAACUUCAAAUGCAGUUACCUGAAAGUUCAAAAGUUUUUAGCACAUCCUUACAUAAUGCACAAUAAAUGACAUUUAUUGUAAAAGAUACUUAGUGUGUUUAUGUUUUCUAAUUGUUUCUUCAUUGGUAAGUCAUAGGCAGGGAAAGACAAAAGAAAAAAUGU